CAUCAUUACUGAAAGAAAUGGCUUCGAGAAGGGCAAGAGGAAAACAGCAGAGCGAGGAGGCUGAGCGGAGUUGCUGCCAGGAGAGCGUCCAAAGUGAUGGCAGCUGACGCGAGAGCUGUAUUUCAGGAUCUUUCACCCACUUGCACAUUUGUCACUUGGAGAUGCUAACAAAGGCCCACAGUGGAGAUCUGCUGUCUUGCCAUUGAGCCUCUCUAUGAGGGCAUGGCAAUUAAACAAAGAAGCCAGAAGCAUGAGAAACCAAACAACAGGAGGCUGACUGUAUGGUGGAGGUCAGUGCACAUUAGUGAACUCAGUUGAUGCCAUUCCAGAACAUUCUCAUUUUCCUCUUGGCAUAGAGCUUACUCUGAGGAUCCCCAUUAUCUGGGACAGCAGCAACCAUCAGUAUCUGCCCUGCUUGGCCUCUACUGUCAGGGACCUGUUCUGUUCAAGUAAUGAUGAUAAACUCACUCAACAAGUUCCAGAGGCUGUAAAUAAUGGACCCAGUGGCCCUUCUUCAGAUGACAGUGAACCGAAGCAGCACUUUCGAGUCUCCUUUACAAGAAACAAGGGGUGUCACAGGAUGACUGAUGAAGAUAAUUUGGACCAAUGACCAAAGGUCACUAUGCUAUUAUCUAGCAGUGCCAGCCUCAAUGUCUGUCUUAAAGCCAUGCUAAACAGUACAUCAGACCAGACUUAGAAGGUUUUCUCAGCGUGGCUUGUCCAUUCAAAGCUUCCCACAGAAAGAGCCUUAAUGGACAGAUUCUUCUGGUAUCACAGGAGCCUGGAAGAGACCAUAGAAACCAACCCUUCAAUACCUGUUUCUCUAGCAAUCAAGGCAAAGAUGCUGUCUGCUUAGCAGAUGAGGUUUCAGUAAGCUUGUGGAACCACCCUCAUGAUAAUGGAGGAAUUACAAGGAUCUGACACUCCCAGAGCAGGUCUGGAGAUGAGCAAGAGAGAUAUCCUAAGACAUACGAAGAGGGCAUGGGCACCUCUGGAUGGGCAUCUGCUUCCUGACUCUGAGGAAGAAAACCCAAUGGUCACUAUGUAUGUGCAAGAAAAUUCCAAACAGGAAAGUAUCCAGCAGUGGCUAGACUCUGGAUUCUUUGUCUCUGUAAAUGAAAACUUCCAGCAAACCAUCAACCAUACUGCUUCUUUGCACGAACAAGGAAUCAUUCAAAUGACCGUGAAAGACUACAUGAGAUCUCUACAUCAGUUCUCAGAGACUCCUACCCUGUCCAGAGGGACUAGUUUCAACUCGUGUUAUUCCACCACAGGUGUACCUCAAAGCAUUCCUGAAUGGCUGGAAUUUUGGGAAAAAGAUCCAGUGGAGAUUCUCUUGGACUUGGGGUUUGGUGCUGAUGAACCAGAUAUCUGCACACAAAUCCCAGCCCGGUUCCUUGGCUAUAGCUCAGCAGCCAGAGGAAUUAACAUCCAUGUUUUUCUUGAAGCACAGAAGCAGCGGAUGGACUUUGAGAACCCUGACUUAUAUGGUCGGUUCCAACAGUUGGAAAUCCUGGAUCAUGUGACCAAUGCCUUCUCUUCUUUGCUGGAUGGUGUUAAAACCCAACAGAACCAACAUGAAGAAAAAGCUGAAAGACAGGCUAUGCAAAAUCCUUCAUCAAGUGGAGCUAAAGAACAUAAGAGAAAAAUGAGCCAACUUUUAAAAAGAGCUUCAAGACAGACGAGCAGGAUGGAUGGUAACCCAGCACUGUCAAAAUCAUGCAAGACAGAACAUGAGAUUCCAACUCUGCCAACCAAGCCAUGGGAUCCUAGAGUGGAGCUACAGGUGGCUUCCAUUAGCCAUGAUGCAAGUCAAAUGCUUCCAUUAAUAGAGUGUGGUUCUGCCCAAGUCCACAAUGACUUGUCACCUUGUCCUCCUCUUUGUCCUCCUCCGCAUGCUCUUCUGGACAAGCCAUGGCCUUGCUCAUGCACACUGGCCAAGCAAUCUCCUCAUACCUGUUUGUCUGAGGGGUCAGUUAGAAGGAGAAACUGGAAGGAGAAAUGGAAUCACAUGGACAGACUCAAGAACUUGUCACACAUUGUGAGUAAAGGACCAGAUUCCUUUGAAAUGGAAGAGGUCCAGAGCUUUGAAGAAGACACUGGCAACCCUCUUAUCCUGACAUCAGGAAUUGUAGGCACUCGAGUGGACAGAACAAACAGCUGUCAGUCUGAUAGCAGUGGAUUUUUAGAAGAGCUACCAGAGCUCCAGCCCCUCCAGGUGUCUUCCAUGACAGGCAGCCAGAGUCCUACUGUCUGUAGAGGUUGCAAACCAAGGGAUCAGAGUCAUAGUCCAGCAUCACAGCAAGACUCUCUGCAGGAGUCAUAUGGCUCUAAAUCCAAGAGCAUGACAAGCUCAUCUUUGUUGAGCCAAGAUUGGAGUACAUUGGAAGAAAAUGCUUCAGCUUCUGUGGUGGAGGAGGAGCUUCAACUCAAGGCCAUGGAAGAGCCACCAGAAAUAGUCAACCCAGAUAUGACCCUCAUCAAGACUAUCAUGGUGGGAGAACACCCAGAGAGUGUUGCUGGACCUGUGGUCACUUCUACUUCUACAUGUAAUAACACAAUGGGGGUCUUGGUGACUCAUGUCACAGAAAAGGAAGAUAGGUCUGUAGGCCACAAGGGUACUCGAAAAAUGCUGAUACAAAGGCACCACUUUGAGUCACCAAGGUCAUUCAGGAUUGAUCAGCCUUCAGACAAUUUCUAUCAUGUGGACUCUGAGAUCACCAAAACAGAGGACAACUGCAAAGUCUGCCCUGAUACCAAGCAAAGCUCACUGGUGCAGGAGAGGCCAGCACAGCACUCUCACCAGCACAGAGGAGCCAUGCCCUAUAAAGGCGACCUUGUUCAAACCUCUGAAAAGUCAAUUCCCCACCUUGAUAAGCCACCUGGACAUGUUCCCACUGACUCAAAUGCUGCCAGCUCUUGGUCUGUGACAACCCAGAUGUCCUCCAAUCUGGUGUCAGCUGCUCAGAGGGUUGCAGACCUAGGGACCUAUAAUAAAGGAACAGCUUUUGAAUGCACUCCAUGUGACCCUCUUAAUACCACAGACCUAAAACUGCAGACAGAAACAAGGCAGGUCAAGGAUGUUGCUGUUCAGACUUAUGCACAUGAAUGCAAGCUCAGGCCAUCACAUAAUGACUUCAUUCAUGGGCCUCGGCCCCUCGCCAAAUCCAUCUCUUUGGAUACAGGUUUUCCUAGUAUCUCCGCAACAGGCUUCUGCCACACCAUACCUGCCCACUGUUGUGUCUGCUGUCAUCACUGCCCCAACUGCCAAUGGAGGAGGCAAAGCCCUGGCCCAGAACCCUCUAUUUGCAGGCAUUCCCUGUAUUCACAAGCAGAGGAUCCUAAAGUGCAGUUCAUGAAGACAUUGAAAAUACUCCAAGACACUACUGUGAGGGACCUGUGUUCUUGCACAGUCUACGAGAUGGAAACCAUGAAGAUGGUGUGCCAGAGUUUCCGGGAGCACUUAGAGGAAAUCGAGCAGCACUUCAUGGGACAGCAGGCACUCUAUCCCAGGGACAUGUCAGAAGAGGAAAGGGAAGAGGCUGAGUACCUGAGGACUUUGCGAGAAGCCCUGAGGCAGCAAGUGGCAGAGCUGGCCUUUCAGUUAGGAGACAGAGCCAGGCAAAUCAAAGAAGGGAUCCUACUGCAGCUAGACCUUCUGUGUGAGGAGCUACCUGAACACUGCGACAAUCUGCCACAAUGCAACUGGACAGAAGGAAAGCAUGGCCAGAGAUCAUGUGUUCAAACCCAUGCUGUGGCCCCUGAUCCCACCCUUCCUGCCAGUAGUGGCCAGUGGACUCCCUGCUCUGGGAUGACUCAGCCAGUUGCUCUUAGUCCCUCUCACCUUGAGACCAGAGGAGGGAUAUCUCUACAGUCACCAGCUAGGGCAGAAUCAGGUCCGGGUCCUUCACUCAGUCAUGUUGGAGAGAAGUCUCUGUUAGACCAAAGUGGGUUUGAUGAUCUUUGUACAAAAUGCAAUGUCCAAGAGCAGCUUUAACAAGGGAAUCCAAAUCCUAUGUAGCCUAAAAGCUCUGAAUAUUUUAAUAUUCAUUGAUUGCAUGCGCCCACUAUGUAACUGACUGAGGUAUAUUAUAGUCACUGAGUAGCAUAUGAUUGCUAUCCUGAUAGAGCAUGUGUCCUAGUGGAGGAUGAGAAAUGUUUAAACAUGCAUAUGUAUCUACAAUGAAAAAUCAAUAAAAAGACAAUGUGGCCUUAUUUUAUGAAAAA